AUGAAUAUCCUUAAGCACCAGCUAGAUACGAGAGAUAAGGAGAUCAUGAGGUCUAUAUGUGUUGAUUUAGAAAAAGCAUUUAUAACUGCUGCAGAUGUUUUUCCUCGUGAAUUCACUAAUGGAACCGAAAAUAGAUCUGGUGGAGGGAACAUUGUGUUCGGUGCAAUUGUGGGAAAGAUUAAGGAAUUUAAUGCCAAGAGGCUAACAAAAGCAGAGACUCUAAGGAAGGCCGACGAGAUUUUUGGUCCCGAUAACAAGGAUCUUUACGCAAUGUUUAAGGGAUUGAUUACUCUUAGUAGUCACUGA